ACUGGGUGUAACGGGUUGGUGGUGGUCAUCCCACCAACCAUGGUUGUGUUGGGUGCAAAGAGGAGCACCAGCCCAGAAGAAGUGGCCUUCACCUGAAGAUACCGCACCUUCUUGUUCUCCUGCGUAUUGUACCAUUGGCAUCUUGUGCCCUAUAAAUACCAAGCACCGCUGCUGCCUCGUUGCUCAUACAUCGCGCUUUCCUGCAUUUAAUCUCUCUCUCUCUCUCUCUCUCUCUCGCCCAUGGCAGACGUCGUGGUGGUGUUCGACUUCGACAAGACUAUCAUCGACUGCGACAGCGAUAACUGGGUCAUCGACGAUCUCGGUGGCACGCAGCUGUUCGACGAGCUGCUCAAAGCCAUGCCGUGGAACUCCGCCAUGGAUAGGGUGAUGGAGGAGCUCCACUCGCAGGGUAGAACGAUUGAGGAGAUCUCGGAGAACCUGAAGAGGGCUCCGUUGCCCGCCAACGCCGUUGCAGCCAUCAAAUCAGCUUACGCUCUCGGAUGCGAGCUGCGGAUUGUUAGUGAUGCCAACAGAUUCUUCAUCGAGACCAUUCUGAAGCACCAUGGCCUCAUGGCCUAUUUCUCGGAGAUCCAUACAAACCCAGGCUAUGUUGAUGAGGAAGGGAGGCUGAGAAUUUUCCCUCACCAUGACUUCAAAUCCUCUUCCCAUGGCUGCUGUCUCUGCCCUCCCAACAUGUGUAAGAGUGCAAUCAUCGAGAGGAUUCAAGCAUCAGCAUUCCUCGAGGGGAGGAAGCGGUUCAUCUACCUCGGCGAUGGAAAAGGAGACUACUGCCCGUCGCUGAGGCUGAACGAAGGGGACUGCGUGAUGCCAAGGAAGAACUACCCACUGUGGCAGCUCAUCGUUGACAAUCCUCAGGCCCUCAGAGCUGAGAUCCAUGAGUGGAGCAACGCAGAGGAGCUUGAGCGAGUCUUGCUUCGGCUCAUCAGUGAGUCCGCCUCGGCUGAUCGCAGCAGCCCCAGCCAGCUGAUUUCAGUCGAUUGCAAGUUUCAGACACUGCCACCGUCUUCCAUCGAGGCUUUUCCCAAGUCUCUUCCUGUUCCUAACUAAACGUGCCAGUUUUGAUCCUUGGAUAUGCUGGUGAUGAUGCCGAACCAUUCGAAUGCCAAUAUGUAAGCCUCUUUUGUUGCACUUGCACUUCGGGAGUUACACAGAGACAAUCAUACACUUGGGAA